ACACGCAAAAGAGCAAUAGGGGCCUCCUUUAUAAAAACGAUACAGAAAGUAGUUAUUCAGAGGCUGGAAACCAAUUAAAGUGGCGCUGUUUUGAAUGAAUCGCUAAAAGUCAGAGAUUCCGCUUAGUAGUCGCCCUGUUAGGACACAUCCGGGACACUCCGGCUCCAAAAACAAACGCAACACCGAACGCACGGCUCUUUACUGGUCGAGCGCGAGCGAAGCGCUGGUUCACUACUCACCGUGUGAGCCUCUGUAAGCUAGCUAACCAGCCGACGAUGGAGGGGGGAGGCAGGGUUUCGUGGAUAAAAUAUGGGCCUCUUGUGUCCCUGUUUGUGGUUCUUUUGGCCUUAUGGUUUCGGUCACCCCAGCAUGCAGAGCUGGACGACCGGCUGGACGCCGUGCUGUCCUCUCUGCUCCGGGCUGAGCGCAAAGUCGGCAUGAAUAACGUCGCCAGACCCAAAGUGGCUGUCGGUUUUGGAGGCUGUGUUGACCUGAUCGUUGAUGGGGUGUCGUUGCUUAAUAAGAUUGGCCUCCCUCUCACAGACCAGCCCUUACAUCAUAACUACAUAGAAAAUGAAGUGCAACUGGCUCAGAGCUUCGCCUACUUUUUCGCACCAGGAGCUGCCGCAGAGCGUUUCAUGCUAAAUGAUACUCUAUUCAACGAGCUGGUUGAAGCGUCCCGUGACCUGCCUGGAAACAGAUGGGCAGUAGGCGGCAAUGCCCCGGUAAUGGCUGGUCGCAUGGCAACCGAGGGAUGUGAUGUGUUGCUAGGGGGAAGUUUCAGCCCUGAUUUUACAGAUGUCCUGUCCCAGCACAUUACAGUGGCAGGUAACGUAGUAGAAGAACCAGACAUUCAUCUGAUCCUGGAGUAUCCGUCUGGUGCUAAGUGGGGGCACUAUUCCUCACGUAGAGCCAACAGAUACAUCAUCCACAGUGAUGACCAUAACCCCUAUCUGGACUCUAUGGAAGAGUUUGCUAAGAAACUGGAAGACUUCAAACCAGAUCUGCUGGUGGUGGGUGGGCUUCAAAUGAUGGAUAACUUCCCCUUCAAUUUCGGUGAGCGGGAAGCUCUGUUCUCUCGCCUGGCCGAGCUCCUGUCCUCGUCAUCUCCACAGAUUGGAGUCCAUUUUGAGAUGGCCAGUUUUGUAGAAGAGAGUAUAAUGGAAGACCUACUUCACUAUGUCAUCCCCCAUGCGGACUCUUUAGGGAUGAAUGAACAGGAGCUUCCCAACCUGCUCAGUCUACUUAAAGGCUCCAACAUCACAGUGUUGUCGGACCCAAACCCACGCGUAGCUACCGUCCUCGACCAGAUGAGGGAGGUCUAUCGUAUUCUGAACCAGCGCUACAAGGAUGCCACAGCAGAAGGCGACUCGAAGGUGAAGCCGCUGACUCGGCUCCACGUCCACACGCUGGCCUUUCAGGCCAUGAUCGUGACACGUGGCUCCCAGUGGAAGAACACAAUGUCAGCCACCGCAAAAGCCUCUCUCACAGCUAACCGCCAUGUCUGUGGCUCUAAUGACAUUGACCCCAGCAAGGCGAGGCUCAUCAUGGAUGACUCCUUCUCUGUCAGCCGGCAGGAGGGCAGCCAGCGUAUCCCUCUGCAGGAGACCAGACCCGUCAGCUGCUGGCAUGAGGAGGACUAUGAGAUCUGCGUAGCUCCAGUGUUGGUGUGCACUGAGGUUUACCAGACUGCAGGUGGAGGUGACAACAUUUCGGCCGCUGGCCUGGUGCUGCAGAUCUAGAGGAGAGCAGUAUUUGGUCUUUCUGUGUGUAGUGCUAACUAGGUGUUGGCAAAACAUGUGAUUCUGGAAACUUGAUCUAGGUGUGAUGCAAAGUAGCUGUUGUGGCAAACACAUGUACUGUUUGUGAAAUAUAUCAGGCUAAUGCUGCCACAAUUUCAGCUCAUGGUCCAGGUGGACCAUAAGGAAAACUGAUUGUUAUGAUUUGUAGGAGUCAGAUGAUGGAGUACAGUGAUUAUUAAUCAGGUUAGACCAGCAGAUUUUAAAUGUAUGGAUUCAGUUCUGUGUGUGUGUAUUUGUGUGGGCAUCAUCAUGGUUUCAUCCCUCCUGCGUUAACAUAGUGUACAUAUAAUAAUAUGUAUAUGCAAAGCCCUUUGACAUCCAGUUAUUUUAUUUUUUAGAACCAAAACUUUUAAGUAGAUCCUGCCUUGCUCUGUCCUACUGGGAUUCAAACAUCUUCAAGUCAUUGUAGCCCAUCAUCUGACUUCUGUCCUCUACUUUUUCAAGGCCUUACAAGACUUGGCCUUCUGUCAGCUUGAGAUAAAGGGGGAUGAGGUUUGGAUAAAGUCACGUGGCACCAGGUUUUGUUUAUAGAGCUGCACUGAGUAGCCUGUGGCAUGGUGUUUUUGAGUCGUGGAAGACAAAGCUGCAUUUUCUGCUGUAGGAUAAAUUCUCUUUGUUGUUGUUGUUUUGACCCGUGGCUACACUAUGCAACGAACUUACACAAAGUUACAAGAGAAACAGCAGAAUCUUCUGUUUCUGGGGAGCAUGUUUUUAGGUGUUGUCACCUAUUUAAAAAUCUAGUUGAACGGGUCUCCCUCGCCUUGUAGCAAAUGUAGUUUCAGAAGAGCCAACCUUAAGCUGUCAGGUCACAUCAGAACCCUUUUUAACAAGCUGGCUUUAUCCUGCCUCUUCCCUCUUCUAUUUCACUCUCAAAGGCAAAGAAAGUUUAAAGUAGAAAGCUAGUGAGGCGAUCGCCUCCUAUUCUUCCUAAUAUAUGUGAAAAAAAUGUGGUUGAUUUGUUUGGAAUUGUCAUUCCUCUGUGUGUCAUUUGCAGUGCAAUAAUGCAAAACAAUGUUAAGAGCCCACUUCUGGUAGCUGGAUAUGAUGUCAAAAUUUCCUCUCUACCUCUGUGUCCUUUUCGUUCCUCCCCUUUACUUUUCCCUUCUUCUCACCAUCUUUUCGCCGCUGUUUGUCAAAGGUUUUUAUUAUCUGUCAUGUUUCUUUUUCUCUCCUUGUGUCUGUUUAUGGCUCUUCUUAAGGACCAAAUAAUCAGGAUGGACUGCCUCUGAUAAAAUUGCUGCAAAAGAGAAGUUACUGGCAGCCACUUCUCACAUUCUCACAUGGUAUGGCUGCAUACAGCGAAACACAAUAUCAUCUCUGUUAGAUUGCUUGUGGAAAGCCACAGGGUUAGCAACAUGAAACUGAUUUGGUGUUAAUCACCAUGAAUCCCCUUAAAUGUAACAUUGUCUUUUUCACACCCACACAUGCAUGUUAAAACCACUAUUUUCUUUUCCUAAAUGAAAAACGGCCUCUAAAUCCAGGAUUGUAAUCACUUAUUUGUCUUCAAGCCGAACAAUGCCAACUCACUAUGUGUAAGUCAAACAUUCCACCAUAGACCCGGCUUUAGUUAUGUUUUACAAGAACACCUGACCAUGUACAUGUAUUAUUUUAUUUCUUGAGUACACAAUUGAAUUUCUUUAUUAGUUAAGUAAAGCUGCUUGUUACGGCCCCUUUUAACUGAGGAACACAUUUAUUCAUGUUACAUUGCAACAAGUAUGAGUUUGGGGGGAAAAGAAGAACUAAAGAAAUCCCUUUAAAUUUUUUCUUUGUGUAUCAAGGAGCUGUUGAUGCUGUUGUUUGAUUAUACCGAAGAGUAAAUGAGCCUUAUUCUGUUUUGGGGUUUUGGUGUUUAGUGAAAAGGGAAUGUUUAAUACAGACGUUUUCUAUUUCUGUAGGCAUAUGUUUUAUUUUCUGAUGUCUUGUCAGUUCUUGGAAACCAAAAGUAACGGGUUAUUGUUUUUACUGUGAAAUGAAACUGAACUUCAGCAUGCAUUCAUGUUUGGAUGGAGGACUGCUUGUGUUUGCUACCAUAUCAUAUGCUUAUCUAAGCUCUAGAUGAUCAGACGUCAUGUCAUCCGUACUCCAAAGCUGUUCAACUGUUUCAUGCAUGCGUAACUAUUAAAUGCACAAUCGCCUAAGAUAAAGUGCUAUGCUGAAAAAGCCA